GAAGACACCCCCCUGCAGGUGGGCACUGGUGAAAAUGGGGGAUACAAGAGACAUCUGUCCUCACCUGGAUUCCAUAGGAGAGGUGACCAGGGAUGAUCUGCUGCUCAAAUCCAAGGGGACUUGCCAGUCUUGUGGAGCUGUGGGACCAAAUCUCUGGGCUUGUCUUCAGAUUGGUUGUCCUUAUGUUGGUUGUGGGGAGUCCUUUGCUGACCACAGCACACUUCAUGCACAGGCCAAAAAGCACAACCUGACGGUGAAUCUGACCACUUUCCGUGUCUGGUGCUAUGCUUGUGAAAAGGAGGUGUUCUUGGACCAGCGCCUGGCAACGCACACGCAGUCACCGCCAGUGAAGUUCCCUGAACCGGAUUCUCCAUUGCCUGCUCACCCUUUGAAAGCUGUUCCAAUUGCAGUGGCUGAUGAAGGUGAAUCUGAAUCAGAGGAUGAUGAUUUGAAACCAAGAGGCCUUACUGGAAUGAAAAAUCUUGGGAACUCCUGCUACAUGAAUGCAGCCCUUCAGGCUCUCUCUAACUGCCCACCUCUCACACAGUUUUUUCUGGAAUGUGGUGGACUGGUCCGUACAGAUAAGAAACCAGCACUGUGUAAAAGUUACCAGAAGUUGGUGUCUGAGGUUUGGCAUAAGAAACGCCCGAGUUAUGUUGUUCCAAGCAGUCUGUCCCAUGGAAUUAAACUUGUCAACCCCAUGUUCCGAGGCUAUGCACAGCAGGACACUCAGGAGUUCCUGCGGUGCCUGAUGGAUCAGCUUCACGAAGAACUGAAGGAACCUGUUGUUGCAGAGAUGAGGGAUUUGGAUACCAGUGACCAGGACGACAAGCGAGAGGGUGACCGAAGUCCUUCGGAGGAUGAGUUCCUCUCCUGUGACUCGAGCAGUGACAGGGGUGAAGGAGAUGGUCAAAGUCGGACCACAGGGGCCUUGGGCAGCAGCACCCUGGCAGAGACAGAGUUGUUGAUCCAGGAUGAAGCAGGGAGAGGGAUCUCCGAGAAAGAGAGGAUGAAGGACAGAAAGUUCUCCUGUGGCCAUCGGCGCAGCAACUCAGAGCAGGUGGAUGAGGAUGCAGAUGUUGAUACUACUAUGAUGCCAGUUGAUGGUAGAACCUCACCGGAGAUGCUGCCAGCUCCCCGUCCUGCCAGCCCAUGUAGAACACCAGAACCUGACAAUGACGCCUACGUGCGUUGCUCCUCACGCCCCUGCAGUCCAGUCCAUCAUGAAAUGCACUCCAAGCUCUCUAGCAGUCCUCCUCGCUCCAGUCCUGCCAGGCUUGGACCUUCCUACGUACUCAAAAAAGCCCAGAUGCAGCCUUCUGGGAAAAAGAAGAAAGAACUUCGUUAUCGCAGUGUGAUUUCUGACAUCUUUGAUGGCUCCAUUCUCAGCCUGGUGCAGUGCCUCACCUGCGACAGAGUUUCUACAACAGUGGAGACAUUCCAGGACCUGUCACUCCCGAUCCCAGGGAAGGAGGACUUGGCCAAAUUGCACUCUGCCAUCUACCAAAACGUGCCAGCUAAGACAGGGGCGUGUGGGGACAACUAUGCCUCACAAGGCUGGAUUGCUUUCAUCAUGGAGUACAUCCGGAGAUUUGUGGUGUCCUGUAUCCCUAGCUGGUUUUGGGGUCCUGUUGUGACGCUGGAGGAUUGCCUCGCUGCCUUUUUUGCAGCAGACGAGUUGAAGGGGGACAACAUGUACAGUUGUGAACGGUGUAAAAAACUGCGGAACGGAGUGAAGUACUGCAAAGUCCUCCGGCUACCAGAGAUUCUUUGCAUCCACUUGAAACGGUUCCGGCAUGAAGUGAUGUAUUCCUUCAAGAUCAACAGCCACGUCUCCUUCCCCUUGGAAGGGCUGGAUCUGCGGCCUUUCCUAGCCAAGGAGUGUGUCUCCCAGAUCACCACCUACGAUCUCCUGUCAGUCAUCUGUCACCACGGCACAGCAGGCAGUGGGCAUUACAUAGCCUACUGCCAGAACGUGAUCAACGGCCAGUGGUACGAGUUUGAUGACCAGUAUGUCACUGAAGUCCACGAGACCGUGGUACAGAAUGCAGAAGCUUAUGUCUUGUUCUACAGGAAAAGCAGUGAAGAAGCUGUACGAGAGCGCCAGAAGGUUGUGUCCCUUGCCAGCAUGAAGGAGCACAGUUUACUCCAGUUCUACAUCUCUCGAGAGUGGCUCAAUAAGUUCAACACCUUUGCUGAGCCUGGUCCCAUCACCAAUCACACCUUCCUGUGCUCUCACGGAGGGAUCCCUCCCAAUAAAUACCACUACAUCGAUGACCUGGUUGUGAUUCUGCCCCAAAAUGUGUGGGAAUAUCUCUACAACAGGUUCGGGGGUGGCCCCGCCGUGAACCAUCUGUACGUGUGCUCCGUUUGCCAAGUGGAGAUCGAAGCACUUGCCAAGCGCAGGAGAAUCGAGAUCGACACCUUCAUCAAGCUGAACAAGGCUUUCCAGGCAGAGGAGUCUCCAAGUGUCAUCUACUGUAUCAGCAUGCAGUGGUUCCGGGAGUGGGAAGCCUUUGUCAAGGGGAAGGAUAACGAGCCUCCCGGACCAAUUGACAACAGCAAGAUUGCACUUGCAAAAGCAGGUGGCCACGUGCAAGUGAAGCAGGGUGCCGAUUAUGGGCAGAUUUCCGAGGAGACGUGGAUUUAUUUAAGCACACUGUACGGAGGGGGCCCGGAGAUUGCUAUCAGACAGAACCUGGCCCAGGUCCAAGAACUGGAAAACCUACACGGGGAGCAGAAGAUUGAAGCAGAGACCCGGGCUGUGUGAUCUGCGCGGGACGGGGCAGGGAAGCACAUUUUCAGAGAACAAAGCUGAAAGAGUCCCCCCUCCCCACGGCUUCCCACCACGUUCUUUCCGCUCUUGGCAGCUGUGGGGUGCAGCCCCCGGGUGGGACAUGAGCAGUUUAACCUGGGAGCUGGGGGACACGGGCUUUAGGGCUCCUGCUUCACAACCCCCUUCUCAGCCCGACCCCGCUGUAAACCUCGAGCUGUUCCACGUCCGUCCCGAGGAGUGAAGGGGCGCAGAGCCUGCCCAGAGGGGUCACCCUGGAUGGGGCUGAGCAGGCUCAGGGGCUGCUGGAGCAGUUUUUUUAGGAAGGAGCUGUUUUCUGCCGCUCCCCCUCCAUGCUGAGGUCAUUCCAGCUUCUCACCCCAGAUGUCGUUUGUGUACACAGUGGCUCAUUUAAUGAACAGAAAUAACUUGCUCCCCGAUCUGCUGCCACUACCACAGCCAAGGAGCAUCCAAGAGCAGGCAGUGGGGAGAGGAACAAAGGCCAAAAAGGCUCAACACUAAUUUGCUCAGCGGGGCUAUUCCUGAAAGCUCUUUGUUCACCUCGUAAGGCAGAAAGGCAAUAGUUAAAUCUUUAAUGGAAGCAGAGCAGGGCAGAGGCGGCCUCUCAGGGGUUGAGGAACCAAACCUCGAUUCCACGGGGCUGGAACCUGACUGAUUCCACAGGGUCAACCCUGGCCGUGGUGGUACCAGGCGCAGCACAGGUACGCAGCUCCCCACGUAAAACAGGACGGGGUGGGAGGGGAAGGUGGUUCUCUGACAUAGAGAUAGAAGGGGGGACAGGGUGUAGGACAGGAGAGUUUGAAAAUACAAAUGUGGCCUUCAGGUUUUUUUUUUUUUAGACCAAAUGUUUGCUGCAAACAGCAACUUCUUCUUUAAAAGUCUGUAAAUGGUUCAGCAUGUUCAUUUUACUAUGCUGUUCAUUGGCUGCUUGUAUAUACCCAGCCAGGCCCGAGGGGAGGUCAGAGAAUGAGCCACUGUUGGGAUUUCUCAUUGUUUUAAGCUGUCUUUGUUAAGCCACUGCAGCCGCCUUUGAAUCUGCUGCAGAGCCCGUAGGGCUGCAUGUCUGUGUUGUCCGUGCUGUUCCCAGGAUGCUGUACAGAUUGUAAUAACGCUCCUGUGCUUAAGUGUUACACCUUGUGCUGAAAUUGUGUUCCAAUAAAUACACCUGCAUUCAA